AUGACCAAUUCAACGACAAGUCUCGUCCUCCCGGACUUUCAUACCCUCGCCAAUGCCAGAAGUCGCCUUUGCAAGUCCCUUCCGGCAGACGGUAUGGGCGAACAGAAGGCUCUUGAGCACAUUCGACAGGAUCUGGUGCCGGCUCUGAGUAAUAGCUCGUCUCCCAACUACUAUGGAUUCGUUAAUGGUGGAAGUACACCUGCCGCCACCGCAGCUGACCACAUUGUGACGGUACACGAUCAGACGGCCCAAGUCCAUUUGCCAGACCAAACAAUAUGUACCGACGUUGAAGAUGCUGCCUUGAGAAUGCUACUGGACUUUGUCGGGCUUGAGAGUGAUGUCUUCAGCCAUCGGACGUUUACCACGGGUGCCACGGCUAGCAAUCUUUUAGGACUUGCUUGCGGCAGAGAAUGGGUCAUAUCUGAGCUUGCCAAGAAGAAAGGCAACGAUGCUAGUGUUUCCAACGAUGGACUGGCUACUGCAAUGAGGGAAGUUGGGAUUGAAGACUUUCAGAUCAUAACCACCGUUCCACACUCAUCUCUGAAGAAGGCCGCCUCUAUCGUGGGGCUCGGCAGAAAUGCUGUGAAGGAUGUUGGCCUGUCCCAAGCAAAGCAUAAUUUCGACCUCGACGCGUUAGAGACAGCUCUCCGAGACCAGACCAAAGGUUCAAUUGUGGCAAUCUCGAUGGCUGAAGUCAACACAGGCUUCUUCGCCACCUCUGGAGACGAUAUGACCAAAAUUCGCAAGCUUUGCGACAUGUAUGGCGCUUGGAUUCAUGUAGAUGCAGCAUUCGGUCUGCCAGCCAGACUCCUGCCAACUGAUAACAACCAAUAUGCUACUCUUGUUGAUGGUGUCCGCCACCUGGAGCUGGCAGACUCGAUCACGGGCGACGCACACAAGCUGUUCAAUGUGCCCUAUGACUGUGGGAUUUUCGUUUCAAGACAUCUAGACAUCGGCACAGAAGUCUUUCAAAAUGUGGGAGCAGCAUACUUACAGUCGUCAUCGGCUGUCACCAUUCCUUCGCCACUGAACAUUGGUAUCGAGAACUCGCGGCGAUUUCGGGCGUUGCCUGUCUACGCUACUCUGCUUGCUCAUGGCCGGAACGGAUAUCUUGAUAUGCUGGAACGACAGAUCGGCCUCGCGAGAGAAAUCGCAAACUACAUUGCAAACUCACCUGCUUAUGAGUUGCUGCCGCGGUCUCCGCCUAGCUUCGCCAAGGUAAAAGAGCAAGGUUUGAGCAGGACAUACAUGGUGGUGCUCUUUCGAGCGGUCGACGAUGCUGUCAACCAGGAACUCGUGAAGCGGAUCAAUGACACUCGAAAGAUUGUUGUCAGCGGAACAAAGUGGGAGGGACAGCCUGCUGCACGGAUUGCGGUAGCAAACUGGCAAGCUGAUGUGGCGAGGGACGCUGCUUUAGUUAAGGAGGUGCUGGAGGAAGUUGUGCAGCAGUGA